UUUUGGGUUUGAAUGAAGAAGAGUGAAGACUGGAGAGAAGUGGGUGCUAAGGGUUUGUUUGGGGUUUAGGAAAAGAUGAAAUCAGUAGUAGGAAUGGUAGUAUCAAACAAAAUGCAGAAAUCAGUAGUAGUAGCUGUUGAUAGGCUUUUCCACAACAAGCUCUACAAUCGUUACGUCAAGCGCACUUCCAAAUUCAUGGCUCACGACGAGAAUGACCUUUGCAAUAUCGGUGAUCGCGUUCGAUUGGAUCCUUCUAGGCCACUGAGCAAGCGAAAGCACUGGGUUGUUGCUGAAAUUCUUAAAAAGGCUCGAAUUUAUGUUCCUCCAUCUGCUGAUAACACUACUAGUUCAAAUAACACAGCUGAAGUAACAAACACUUCAGCAUCUUGAGGUGAUAUUUUUCUGGAGACAUCUGAUGGAUCAAGAACUCUUGCAUCAGGAUAAAGAACCCUAAGAAAUACUGAGAAUCAGAGGCUGAAGGUUAAAAAAUCAAAAAGAUGGUUGACAGUAUUUGCAAUUGAUUUUUGUUUGCAUCUGGACAAAUGAACCUUAAAUUAUAGAUUUCAGUGUAUUUCAGAAGAUUUUUCCAUAUAUUCUACUCUGCUUCAAAUCA